UUCCAUGGCCCUCUUCCCACUACCCCCGGUCUGCGGCCGUCAACGCCAACCGCCGGCGCGAGCUUGCGACUUCCCCUCCUCCCGCUGCGUCGGCCUCUACCUCCGUACCUACUCCCCGGGUACCAUCUGCCUCCUCUCUUUGACCGCGGCGCCGCCCCCGCCAUAGUCUCUCUCCCCGGCCGCCGAUUGCACUGGAUAAGCAGGGUCCGGCUCGUCGGGGCCCAAAUCCGGCCGGCGGAGCACCGAUCUGGCCGGAUUGAUCCUUUUAGCUGACGCCGGGAGGACCAACCAAUCGACCUCCCGCGCGCCGUCCCGUGCCCUCGCAAGCAAGGCCGCGACCAGGGCUAGCCGUGGCCCUCGUCGUCUCCUGUGCCGGUGCGACUCGCAAGCAAGGCCGCGACCAGAAGCACGUCCAGCGGAGGCAUCUACUCCACUGGCGCGAAACGCUGAAACUUCAGCUGUAAUCGCUCUCCAGACUUUCGCCAUGGAAAAUGCCUGCACAAACCUCAACCAGGUGGCCCGCUCGGUGCGGCUGCUCAACAUCGACGGCUUCAGCUUGACCGCAGGCAUGGGCGGCGACUACUGCCUCAAGUCCAUAUGGACCGUCGAUGGGUACGAGCUGGAAGUCCUUAUCUAUCCGGGCACCACAUGGGUGGCUCUGAAACUCGUCUUUCUCAGUGAAGCCCGCACACAGUGGGGUGUGAGGGCGAGCAUGGCCUGUCAGCUGGUAGAUCUCAGCAGGGAGCUUGAGCCGUAUCACGAGUAUGCCGUGUCAGAAACCUUCUAUCAUCCCCAGGACUUCGGGGCACUGGUCUUCAUGGACAGAAAUAAGAUACCAUCUGGUUAUAUCAAGGAUGAUAUGUUGACACUGCGAUGCGCGAUCACCGUACUCAAGGAGUUACCAGUGCCAACCAUCCCAGCUGAAGAAGUGAUCGCCCAACCAUCCACCAACUUGCGCGAGCACCUCGGCGAACUCCUGCAGAGCGAGAUGGGAGCCGAUGUCACACUUCUUGUGUGCGACGAGCCGUUUGCUGCACACAGGUGCAUACUGGCCUCACGGUCUCCGGUUUUCAAGGCCCAGUUCUUCGGAGACAUGAAGGAGAAGUGCUCGGCACGCGUGGAGAUCAAGGACAUGGAGGCGGCGGUGUUCAGGGCCAUGCUGCACUUCAUCUACACUGACAUGGUGCCUGAGCUUGAUCGGCCGCUCGAGGAGGUGACCACGAUGGCUCAACAUUUGCUUGUGGCCGCUGACAUGUAUGGACUUGAGAGGCUCAAGCUGAUUUGUGAAAUAAAGCUCUGUGGUUGCAUCACUGUGGACACCGCAGCGACCACUCUUGCUUUGGCGGAGCAGCACGAUUGCUCGAAGCUCAAGGCCAAAUGUGUCGAGUUCAUCGUCAGCACGCCUGCUGUUCUUGAGGCUGUGUUGGCGACAGAUGGGUAUAAGCACCUUGAAGAAAGCUGCCCUUUGGUCCUGACUGAGCUUCUCAAGUCUGUCCAUGUGAGUAAGAGUUUAUCUUCUCCCUCUGUAACCUCUCUCUUCUCUCUCUUUACUCCCCCUUCCUCUGUGUCCAGAGCUAGCCUGCCUCACUCUCUUCGUCUCCUCUGUCGUCGGCGUGAGGCCGAAGCAAGGCCCGCCCACGUAGCAGGGACACGAAGCACGUCGCCAGCGGACUGGUUCUGCUCUGGUGCCUGGUGGCACAGCGAGUCGUCCUUCGCCUCCUUGCGCGACUCAUUUGAUUUCACUCUUAGGCGAAGCUUCGACUGUGACCACUCUCAGGUCUUCGCCAUGGAAAAGGCUUGCACAAACCUCACCGACGUCGUGCGCUCGGUGCGGCUGCUCAAGAUUAAGGGCUAUAGCUUGACAAGGGACAUCAGCAGCGACCAUUGCUUUAAAUCCAGAUGGAAUGUCGAUGGGUACGAGUGGGAAAUCCGUAUAUAUCCAAGGUCCCGGGAGGCCAAUCAUGUCAACGGAAGAUGCGUGGCUCUGCAUCUUAUCUUCCUCAGUGAAGCCCGCAUGGGGGCUGUGAGAACGACUCUGCGCUGCUGCUUGGUAGAUCCGAGAGGAAUAUUUAAGCCAUCUAGAGAAGAUCGUCGGUCUCUAACAUUCAGGAAGCCCCAGGACACCUCGUACACGGUGAUUCUGAUGGAAAAAGAUGAGUUUGAAGCAUCGGGUUAUGUCAAGGAUGAUUUUUUUACCGUGCAAUGCACCCUUGACGUUCUCAAGGAACUACCAGAUGCAACAGCCCCACUUAAAGAACUGCAUCUGCCAUCGUCUAACUUGCACCUGCAAUUUGCUCAACUCCUUCAGAGCGAGACCGGAGCGGACGUCACAUUUCUCGUGUCCGGUGAAUCCUUCGCUGCGCACAAGCUCAUCCUCGCUGCAAGGUCCCCUGUCUUCAUGGCCGAGUUCUUUGGAAACAUGAAGGAGAAGCGCUCGCAGAGUGUGGAGAUCGAGGACAUGGAGGCUGAGGUGUUCAAGGCCCUUCUUCAGUUCAUCUACACCGACGCUGUGCCGGAAUUCAGACAGCAGGCGGAGGUGGACGCGGAGGCCGUCUACACCGACUCUGUUCCAGAGUUCGAACAUCAGCAUGAGGAGGUGGAUGCGGAGGCGGCAACGGUGAUGGCUCAGCAUCUGCUUGCUGCUGCUGACAGGUACGGACUGGACAGGCUGAAGCUCAUCUGCGCCCGCGAGCUCUCUGGUGGCAUCAACGUCGACACGGCAGCGACAGCUUUGGCUUUAGCCGAGCAGCACAACUGCCCGGAGCUCAAGGCGAGGUGUGUUGAUUUCAUUAUCAGAACCUCUGCCACUCUUGAUGCCGUGUUGGCGACGGAGGGGUUUAAGCACCUCGAGGCAAGCUGCCCACUGGUAGUGGUUGACCUUCUCAAGUCCGCGCGUCGGAGAAAAACUUGAAGCAUAUCUUGGCGUCACGGGGCCAAGAUUUGAUGGUCCAUGGUAUUGUAUCUGUUUGAAGUUUAGUACUGUACUACCAUAUGCCGUCUUUCAAUAAAAAUUAAAACCUGCCUAUGUACAUCUGUAUAUGCUCUGGGCAUCUAUUUACUUACAUUUCCACUUCCUUUGAUGUAAUUUUGUGCUAAAUGGUGCUG